AUGCAAUACGAACAACUAAACCAAAUAAACCCACAACUCGGUGGUAACAACGAUUCUGCUUGGGGCAAAGAUCUUAUAAUCGUCAUCUUUUAUGGUAUUUUCGGUGGUUUGUUCUAUGCAUUUUCAACAAAUCCUGAGAGAUAUUCUAAAUGCGAUGAUAGCCAAUUUAUAGAUUGGACCAAAUUAACUAUGAUUGUUUGUCUUUCUUAUACUGCUGUUUCUUUAAUCAAACUUCCUUUGUAUAUCUGCAAAUUGACUUAGAAGUGUCCUACUCUUUGGUCUUCUCUUGAAGCAGUUGGCGGUAUUUUUGUAAUCAUUUGUGGAAUUGGUUUAACUGUAAAGGAUAACAAAAGUUGUGGAGAAUUGCAUACAUUAGCUAUGGUUUUCUAUAUUCUUGUCUACAUUAGUCUUGGUAUUUUAGGAUUGGUUAUUUGCUGCUCUUGCAUCUGCUGUGCUGGAAUGGUUGCUAGCGCUUCUAUGCAAAAGACAGAUGAUUUAGAAGGCAAACCCAUGAAUAACGAUACCGCUCCCCAAUAUGAUGGUUAAUUAUGA